AGCUAAUGAUUAACCUUAAUGAUUAGACUUGUCUGCAAAAACCCUUUCACCAUGUAGCGUAACUAUUCAUAGGUGAGAUGAUCCUAUUUACAGGUUCUGGGGAUUUGGGCACGGAAUCUUGGAGGGGGCCAUUGUCGGAAUUCUGUCCCCCAUACCAGAUUAACUUGCAAUGUCCCAGAAUGUCACAGGGCCUAGCUCAAGGGAGACACAGAGCAGGGUGAAGCAGCUGUCUGCUCCCGUGUGCGUGGUAGCACAAGGUGCCAAGGCCGGGGUGGGGGUCUGCUCCCCGAUCCCACCCUCGGCGGGCUGGCCAGGAGGGGCUGUGGUAGGGGUAGCUCGUCUGCGCCUCCUGACGGCCAGGGAGCGAGACCUAAACUCAGCUCUCACCCGUGUCACGGGAACAAGGCCACGUCCCCGGUUCGCAGCGGGGUUGAAACUGGCCGGAAGAGGUCGGCGACUCGCGCCGCGAACGGCCUUCCGGUCCUCCGUCGCAGGGCGUCCGCGGAGUGACCGCGCAGGCCCCGCCGCACGCAGGAUCUCCUGGGCGACGCCGGAAGAGCGCUCCGGUCCAGAGAUUCCUCGCGUCGCGGCAGCCCCAGCCUCUUUGACUUUGGUUCCGACUCAGAGGAGAGCCGGAGUGCGGACCGGCGGGAGCCGAUCGCCAUAAACAUACCGGAAAUGUGCUUCGGCCUAGGGUUUCCCCAGCGCCGCCGCGGCCGCGGGCUUCGGUUCCGUCGGCGUCGCGGCCCGGAAGUGCGGCCUCGGAGUCGGUGGCCACGGCCGGGCCUGGUGCCUGAAGGGGCGUCGGACGGGCAUCCCCCCGCCACAGGGCUGCCCGGGGAGAGGCACCUGCGCUCCGUCCGGCGCGCACGCUGCGAACGCGAGGGGGCGCUGCGGGACCGGGAUGGCGGCUGCAGAGGCUGUGCACCACAUACACCUGCAGAACUUCUCACGCUCUCUGCUUGAGACCCUCAAUGGGCAGAGGCUGGGUGGGCACUUCUGCGAUGUGACUGUGCGCAUUCGUGAAGCUUCACUGCGUGCCCACCGCUGCGUGCUGGCAGCGGGAUCGCCCUUCUUCCAAGACAAGCUGCUGCUGGGCCACUCAGAGAUCCGUGUGCCUCCGGUGGUGCCGGCGCAGACGGUGCGACAGCUAGUCGAGUUCUUGUACAGCGGUUCGCUUGUUGUGGCACAGGGCGAAGCCCUGCAGGUGCUCACGGCUGCGUCGGUGCUUCGCAUACAGACAGUGAUCGACGAAUGCACGCAAAUUAUCGCACGCGCUCGAGCCCCGGGCACCUCUGCACCCGCGCCCCUGCCCACCCCUGUGCCCCCGCCACUCGCACCUGCGCAGCUUCGUCACCGCCUGCGCCACCUGCUGGCCGCGCGCCCCCCAGGGCAUCCCGGUGCCGCGCACAGCCGUAAGCAGCGCCAGCCGGCGCGUUUGCAGCUGCCUGCUCCCCCGACACCUGCCAAGGCCGAAGGGCCUGAUGCCGACACCUCACUGUCCGCGGCCCCUGACGACCGAGGUGAUGACGAUGACGAGGAAACUGACGAUGAGACCGAUGGCGAGGACGGCGAAGGUGGCGGCCCGGGUGAGUGCCAGGCACCUCCUUCCUUCCCAGACUGUGCUGCCAGCUUCCUCACUGCUGCUGCUGACAGCGCGUGUGAGGAGCCCCCUGCACCCACUGGCCUCGCUGACUACAGUGGUGCGGGGAGGGAUUUUCUCCGGGGAGCUGGGGCAGCUGAAGAUGUAUUUCCAGACAGCUAUGUAUCCACUUGGCAUGAAGAGGAUGGUGCUGUCCCUGAAGGCUGUCCAACCGAGACCCCUGUCCAGCCCGACUGCAUACUGGCUGGACCCCGCCCACCUGGCGUGAAGACCCCAGGGCCACCCGUCGCACUCUUUCCCUUUCACUUGGGUGCUCCUGGGCCACCGGCACCACCCCCUUCAGCGCCAUCGGGGCCAGCCCCUGCGCCCCCACCCACCUUCUACUCCACGCUCCAGCCGGAGGCAGCACCCAGCACUCAGCUGGGGGAGGCCCCAGCUCCCUCUGCUGCUCCCAUCACGGCCCCCUCAGGCACCCCUGUUCGCACCCCAGGUGCCGAGCCACCUGCCUAUGAGUGCAGCCACUGUCGAAAGACGUUCAGCUCCCGGAAAAACUACACCAAGCACAUGUUCAUCCACUCGGGGGAGAAGCCGCACCAGUGCGCCGUGUGCUGGCGAUCGUUCUCGCUGCGGGAUUACCUGCUCAAGCACAUGGUCACGCACACCGGCGUGCGCGCCUUCCAGUGCGCCGUCUGCGCCAAACGCUUCACGCAGAAGAGCUCGCUCAACGUGCACAUGCGCACUCACCGGCCGGAGCGCGCACCCUGCCCCGCCUGCGGCAAGGUCUUCUCGCACCGCGCGCUGCUGGAGCGCCACCUGGCCGCACACCCUGCGCCUUGAUGGGGCUGGGCCUGGCCUCGCCCACGGUGGGUCCGCGGCCUCCCGCACAAUCGUCCACGCCCGCUGCGGGACGCGUGGUUCCCGCCGCUAGGCCACGCUCCCUUGUGAACCCAGAUCGUCUCUCUCCCUUCACCCCUUUCUCCAUACCGGGGCCCACGUCUGCCUUACUCCUCUCCACGUACUUGAACCUUCCAGGUGGUGCCAGGCUGGAACUGGGACUGGUUAGGUACCACACCACCUCUGAGAACUAGAUCAUUUUCAGCCUAAACCGGGCGCUCAGGCCCUUGGACCCGCCCCAAAAUUUGACUCCCGGUUCUCGCCCCGCCCUCUUCUGGGGUGGGGUCGGGGGCUGAGUCCACUCCCCUGCCCCACUGUUAGGCUGGGUGAGGUCCCUGGCUCCGUACCCAAGCUAUCACUCCCUCAUGGGGCACCUAAGGAGGAUCGAGUGGACCCAUCAUAUAUGAGGGCUGGGCCUCGGGACCCUCACUCAAAUAAAGGACUGCAGGCCAUGGGGCCUCAACCACGAA